AUGCGACGUCGACAACGUCGACAAAGAGCAACGUCUUCGUCUUUCGUCGUUGUGACAAAGGCACCACCAAAAAAAGGAAACAGCAACCUCCUCCCUUCCCUUCAUCACCCAUCCAUACACUCCACCGAUUGCACUCACACACACUCACUCACAAUCACAAUCACACACUCACACAACCCAACCCACACACUCUUUCAUCCCCGUCUCAUACAUACCUAA